UCCGUUUCCGAAAAUUGUGGAUUUUGGAAAACACGUAAAUGAACACGCAACCGUCUGGGGCUGCCAGGUGAUGAUAAUCUACCAUCCAUGACGAGACACUAACAUGAGAGAUCUGGCCGCACUAAAGACACCACAAUGGCAACAGGAACCGAUCAGGUUGCUGGGAUGGGGAUGGUAGGCCUAGCAGGCGUCAUCUUCUCCUACUAUACGCUGUGGGUCAUCGUGCUGCCAUUUGUAGAACCAGAUCAGUGGAUUCAUCAGUUUUUCCCAGACAGAAUCUAUGCCAUCGCUGUUCCCCUCAUUGCCGGAGUCCUAGCUUUAGCUUUAAUUGGUUUAUUUAUGGUGGUUGUCACGAUACGGAAGAAUGCCAAGAAGGUCAAGAAGAGCUGAUUCUGGAAGACUAUUUUGUAAUACAAGUUCUUGUUAUACCACA